AUGCGCAUUCUCUGUCUACAUGGGGCGGGUACCAAUUCUCGAAUAUUCGAGAUCCAGACGGCUGCCAUUCGGUAUGAACUGGGCGAUAAUCACAUCUAUGAUUUUGUUGAAGGAACCGUUCCUUCCAAGAUGCAGCCAGGUAUUGAUGUGGUGGCUUGGAAGGAUGAACCAGUGUAUGCCUACUUCGAUGAGCACAACCCCCAAACUGGGUUUGCGGCUUAUCACUAUUUGGAAGAGUACCUUCUUGAAGAGGGGCCCUAUGAUGGGGUCAUCGCAUUCAGCCAAGCAGGCACGAUGAUCCUCACGUACCUGAUUCAUCUUGCCAAGCAGGAUCCUCGGGCUGAGAUGCCAUUCAAGUUUGCAAUUAUCCUUUCGAUCACCCAUCCCCCUCUUGAUUACGAAGCUCUUCAAAAAGGUCGUGUGAUGACUGUUGAUCUUGAAGCUACCAAAGGCAUUGUUCCAAUUCCAACGGCCCACAUUUGGGGCUCACUAGACGAGCCAGCCAGCCGGGUAGCCACGUCAAAUAGUGUCUGCAAGGCUGAGGUGAGAUGGGUGUAUGUUCACGGACGAGGGCACGAAGUUCCCGGCGGAGGGUCAAUGGAAGAUGUGACCCAAGCUGUCAAUAUUAUUCGCAGGGCAGUUGAGACGGCAUCCACUUAUUGA